AUGGCCUGUCUCCAAUACACAACAGUAGGAAGCACCACAAUCCUCACCUCAACAAGCGGUGUCUGGACCCUCAUCUUCGGCGCCCUAAUCGGCGUCGAGCGCUUCACCAUCCGCAAGCUCAUCGGAGUAAUCGCCUCUUUAAUCGGCAUCAUCCUUAUAUCCCGCGUCGACAUGUCACCCCCCAGCAACCCCAGCAAUACCAGCGGAAGCGGAAGCGGCAGCACCUUCCCCUCCAAAACCCCCGGCGAAAUCGCCCUCGGCGACGCAAUGGCCGCAUUCAGCGCCAUCCUAUACGGCGUAUACACCAUCGUGCUGAAAAAGCAAGUGGGAGACGAAUCCCGCGUCAACAUGCAACUAUUCUUCGGCUUAGUAGGACUAUUCAACACGGUCCUCCUCUGGCCGGGCUUCAUUAUUCUUCACGUCCUCGGUAUAGAAACUGUCGGAAUGCCUGAUACGGGGAGAGUCUGGACGAUUAUCUUGGUAAACGCCCUCGCCUCCCUCGCCUCCGACAUCGCCUGGGCCUACGCAAUGCUCCUCACCACGCCACUAGUAGUAACCGUGGGAUUGAGUCUGACGAUCCCGCUCUCGCUCGUGGGCCAGAUCGUGCUGCAGGGACAGUAUGCGAGCGGGUUGUACUGGGCUGGGGCUACGGUGGUGUUUUUGUCGUUCUUGGUGGUUAAUCAGGAGAGUCGCGAGGUGGAUGGGGAGGGGCCUGUGGUGGUGGUGGUUGGCAGGGGAGGGGCUGGGGCGGAGACUAGUGCUGGGUAUGAGGCUAUUCCUGGGGAUGGUGGUAAUGAGUUGGGAAGGGAUAGGUGA